AUGGACCAACUUCCCGUCGAGAUCAGGCGGAUGAUAUGUGCACUGACACUUGACAGCGGGCUGAUUGCUUUGAGACAGCUGAGUCUGGUGAAUCAUGCUUGGUAUCAGGCUGCUGCGCCAUUUCUCUACGAAAGGUUGCAGAUAUGCGUUGUUAGCAACGAACAGCUACAGAAAGAUGUUCAGCAAGUAUUUGAACAUCCUCUUCGCAAACAAUACCUUCGAUACCUUCGUCGUCUGGACAUUGUUGGGAGAAGCGGAAAACAAAAUCAUGAGCGUUCUUCGCUACCCAAGAUUGCCGGAGGACAUGAUAUGCUGGAUGAGUUUCUCGAUCGUGAUCUUUGGCGGCGCCAGACAUCCUGGAUGUGUCGUCUGGACCCCCCGGCACGGCAUCUUGAUCCACUUGUAAAGCUAAUCGCAGCUGUUCCCUCGCUGGCGGAGGUCAACUAUGCCCGUGCUUCCCCCUUUCCGUUGGUGCUUCUUGAAGCAAUUCAUGAAUUCCAUCCCUUGUGUAAGCUGAACUUGGAAUAUCUCUUCCUAGAAAGCUGGCGGGACUCGGCUCACUCCGCGAGAGAUAUGCCUUUGAUCACCUCGCCAUGUCUGCAUUCAAUUCGCUGCUAUCUUCAUACUGGAUCCCCAAUGAACACUGUGGUCGAACCAGCCAUUUUGCAGAUCCUAAGGUUGGCCCCGAAUCUUCAAAAGGUGGACCUCGUAUUGGCGCGAAACGUUUCCUUUAGAGAUCAACGCAGAUUCGCCUUCCAGCCACCUGAAGGGGCUCCCACAAGGGUGGCGCGCUUGUCGACCUGGUCCUUUUCACUAAAUACCACAAUAACCAUCCCGCGCUUGAAUGAAUGGCUGCACAGAAUUGAUGUUGCGUCCUUGCGCAACUGGAGUAUUGGCUGUAUUAGCAAGCCGGAUCUGGCGCGCGCCAUCAGUGGCCUGGCCUUGUCCUUGCAACGACUGGAGCGACUGUCUCUCAAUCUGCGGGUUCCGGAAGGCAGAGGUAAUGAAUUCUGGCGAGCGGUGGAAGAAAUGAUGGAGGCGCUGCCUCCACUUAAGGCUCUCUGGCUGGCCGGACAUCGAAAUGCAACAUUCUUGAACAAAGUCCUAGUCCGGCACGGAGCUACUCUGCAAAGCCUUGGACUCGACGCGCGGAACAUAGACGACACACUACUCCCGCACAAGAGAUCAGGCGGUUACUGCACAGCCAAGCAACUCGCACGUUUUGCGAAGAAAUGCCCUGUUCUUCGGGAACUUCAUCUGACCGUCAGGCGCAGACGGGGCCGAGCUCCGGAGACGCAAAUAUACAAGGCUUUGGGUCUUUUCCCGGGUCUCGUAAGCCUCUAUAUCAACCUGGAUUGUCUUCGUAUCCGAAACGAUCCGGAUGAGCUGGAAGAGCUGGACGACCUAAUUGAUUCCCACAAAGGCCUGACUCCUUACGAGCUGGCGUUACCUUACGAAGAGCGGGUGACGGUAGAUCACAUCUUCGAACUGCGCACGAUUUUCCUCAACUCGGUGAUCGAUGCGCACUGGGCGGAGAGUAUCUUCAACGUCAUCAUAUCGGCUCAGUCAACCCGGCGUUUGGAGACUCUUCGCUUGCUCCCAUUUCUCGAUAGAGAGCCCAGUAUCUUCCAGAAAGAUUCACACGCCCAGGGUGUCAUGGUUCCGGCUCCCUCUUCGUCGAGAAGCUGGCUCAAGAACCCCGUAUAUUCACGUGUAGGGAUAGCAACGCAGGAUAUUCCCAACAUGCUCCCAAGGGUUUUUUCUCUGAUUUUUUACGAUGGUUGUGGCCAGGGAUAA